AUGUCUGAUUGGUCAGAUAAUCAAUGCUUACCAGUUCAACUGGCUUCAAAUUCAGCAUUUCAAUCAUCUUAUGUGUGGACGAAGGAUAAAACACAGGUUCAGUUGGUUUCAAAUCCAGCAUUUCAAUCGUCUUAUUUGUGGACGAAUGAUAACACACAGGUUCAAUUGGCUUCAAAUCCAGCAUAUCAAUCAUCGUAUUUAUGGACGAAUGAUGAUACGCAGGCAAUUAAUCAAGGAUUUGAUUUGAAUUUGACACGUUCCAGUACACUAGUUUCCCCACGUAGUAUUUUCAGUGUAUCAGAUAAUACACCUUUGACACAAGAUGGUUGGUCAGAUAUUCAUAUACAACGAACAGAACCACUCAAUCGGCUGAUUAAACUUAGUGUUUUCUUUAAGCCACAAUCUCGACGACCACUUCAACGACAACCUCAACGACCACUUCAACGACAACCUCAACGACCACUUCAACGACGACCUCAACGACCACUUCAUCAACGACCACUUCAACAACGACCUCAACGACCACUUCAACAACGACCUCAACGACCACUUCAACAUCAACCGCAACGACGACCUCAACAACAACAACAACGAAUGGUCCAUUUACAACACUGGUAUUAUGGACAUUUGAUAAUAACACAAAUGAUUAUUCUGGUAUUUAUAAUGGUGUCCCUAUUAAUUCUCCAACGUAUGUGUCGCCUGGCUACACCGGAUACGGCUCAAUGA